AUGGCUACUGAACUUGAAUCUAUCUGGCAGUCGGCAUUUCCAGAUACUUCCCGCCCAGUACUGUACGCCUCUCAAGAGCUAAAUGAGGAUGGAUUUCUCCCGCUCAAUGAAGCAUCAAGGUUUAGCGUCAACAUUACCGGUCUCAACCGACAUCAAUUGUAUGCCACUAGCUCCAAUAAUCAACAUGCUAUGAAAGCCGCCCAAGAUGAGUACCUUGAACUCCAGCGCCGAAUCAAUUGGAUCAAGGACAAAGACGAACCCAAAAACCCCCAACAACUUCAGCCUCCUGAUGUUUUCGAAGAACAGAAGGAAGCUAUAUUAUAUAGCUACAAGUACGACCCAAACAAACCCGCUUUGCUCCAAUCUGGCAUUCCAGGCCUGAGAACUGCUGAUGAAGUCACUGCAAGUGAGAAGCACGAUGUGCGCCUCAACCAGGAACCAUUCGAGCAGGGGGGGUUCGUGCCAACUGAGAGACAGUUCAAGGCGAUGCGCGCAAAGGCACGCAAUCCCAAGAACAUUGAUGGAUGGCAGCCUGUCUACAAGAAUGGCAAAGCGCUUAUUCCACGACAACAAACUCAUCGUGAUGAGUACUCCAUCAAGUACAAUACCAACAAUAACAAGACAGCAUCCGAUAUUCUUGAUGCCCUUCGACCACGAUCAGCAGCUGGAAGUGAUGCAUCUGCCAACACGCCUUCGAAAGCGGUGGACAAACGACUGACCCGAACCAGAUUCGAUGGCAAGAAGGUUCCAGCCACAAGAGAUGUGUCUGAAGCUCCAUCUCUCUCGUCCGCCAGCGGCCGCAAGCGUGAGAGUACUCCGUUGGUCAAUGGCAGAGAGGAAACGCCCAACGCCAAACGGCGCCGUCUCAAUGAUCCCAAUAGGCCGAAACAACCCAAUCAAUACACAAAAGCACGUGAAGCCAGAGAGGCAAAAGAGGCACAAGAAGCAAAGGAGGCAGCAGAAGGACGAACAUCAACCGUCAAUACUCCAGUGCCGGAGCGUGUGCCUGCCACCAAACCCAGUCCCAAGUCAUUCCCAGUCCCACUCAAUGUCGAUUGGAAACAGUUCUCCGACAAGGAACUGCAGGAUCGGAAAUGGACUGACGAGGAGCUUGUGGCUGCGGUGACGCAGCAUCACUCAUGGCUUCAUGAUGACGAGAAAAAGGCAGAAACUUGGAAAUGGAAGAUUAUCAACGGCACGAAUCCUGUACGAAGCUUCAGCAUGUUUCGGAAGUGGGCCUACUGGAAGGUCACUGAUCAGGACAAGAGACCUCGCAACAAAAAGAAUCUUAUGGAAGGAGGUGUUUCUGGGCCGCCUGAACAGACCGUCUCUCCCAUGCCGUCGCCAAAACCAAGACAGCCGGCCAAGAUCAAGUUCACCUCGAAGGCGGAGAGUUCUCGUACCACACCAGCCACAACCCCCGUUCGUGAACUCGCAAACGGUAUUGGGUCGCAGGAAAUGAAGCGCACAAACGGAUCGCGAAGCGGCCUUGGCAGGAAGGCGAACAUGGGCAACAAGUCAUACAAGACUUAUGAAGACAGUGCGACGGAUGAUGAGAUUCAAGUCAUGACGGAGAAGGAGCAACGAGCUCGUGCUGGGCAAAAUCGAGGACCACGUCUGAUGGAUGUCAAUAUCGACGACAGUCCACAACAACGACCAACUCUGACUCGCGAGGAAAGCGACUCAACCAUUGUGAUCAAUGGUACAACGCCAACCCGACGAUCAUUGAGGAAAUCUCGAGGAGCUAGCGGCUAG